AUGCCUCCUUCGAAUCAGAGCGCUCCAUCAACGACCUCUUUCCCUCUCGAGUGUUCUUGCCGAAAUCAAACGCUGCUAGAUCAUUACCAGGAAAUCAGAGGAAGAGAUAGCAGAAUCGGAAGAAGUUUUUCGCGUCGUAUCGGUGAUGAAAAACAGAGAUACCUAGCGCCAAGACCCGUCACAGUCUUCCGGAAUAGACUACCACGCGUUGAUGGUGGUCUAACAUUGUUCAUGCCACCUACUUCUGCCUCUCAAACGGUGCGUGUAUGUGCUUUCCCCGCUACCCGAUUGGGCUUUGAAGGGAUUGGGAUCAGUCCAGACUGCAACCCUGAAAACAGAGCUGGGCCAAGAGAGCUUUUCAACUGGGCUGGUGGAGGACGCGGUUGUAACUAGCUGAAGCAUAGAGUUAUGAUGGCGAAUCAAUCUAAAUGGAAUAUGUAGCAGGCUUGGUGUAUAUGCGUUUGUCUUUUGGCACAUCCAAUGACUAAGGUUAAUACCAGAAACUGCGAAGCUGCUGCAAUCGACUGAACCAUCCUAACUAGUUGACUGUGCUUCAAUCCAGCGACAAUUUUGUACUUCAGGCUCUGAAAUUACAGCCAAACUGGACCAAGGAACCAACC